AUGAUAAAAAAAGAUCGAGUUUCGAUCAGUUUUUUUCAGCAGGGUUCUUCCACAUUUGUUUACUUUAAAGUGCCAGUUUCACACAGUCUUCGAUGUAAACUGGUAAACCUUUUUUCACAUGGUGGUAUACCCGGGAAUGCUUCUUGGUACAAUCUUCUAGCUUCGCGACUAUUACCAUUGGCCUUACCAUUCAUAAAAUGCAUGUUGGCCAUUUCUUGGAUAGUGAGAAUUGGUCAUCAUUGGUCAUCAUUUAUCCUACACCUUCAUCCAUCAACCUCUUCAAUUAUAACACCUAACCACUUUUUGAUCAAUGUAGAGGUCAAUAUUUGGAUGGUAGAAGGAAACUACGUAAGUUUAUUAAAGGAUGUGGAUUGUCCGAAAACCAAAUUUAAAAUUCGUUCUAAUCAUGUCAUGGCCGCCCAUGUUGCGUUUCACAAGGCCCAUAUGAUGACAGAAACUUCCGAUCAACAAUUUUGGAGUUUCGGUUAUAAAGUGAACGACCCCAAGGCAAUACUGUGUGUGCCAGUCAUAACACCGGAAGAGCAAUGUGUGGCUGUUUUCGAUUUAUAUAGGACGUCUGAGCAACCGAGUUAUGGUGAGAAAGAGUUAAAAAUCAGUUUGGUCUUGGCAGGUUGGAUUGGAGCAGCGAUUCAGCAGAAUAGAGAUAGAAUUAUGUUGCAGGAGCAAAAGAAAAUAAAUAAUAUGGUUUUGGAGUUAAUGAAUAAAUUUUACAAUGGAGACAUAGACUUGGAUGAAGUUCUUGGUUGUUUGAUGAGAUUAACAAAAGAAAGAACAUUAGCUGAAAAAGGGAAAUUCUACCUCAUAAAAACUGACAGUGAUGACCUUCAAGCUACCGUUCUUGAACAAGGACUCUACGAUGACAAUUUAUACCGAAAAAGCGGGAAGGUCAGUUUGUUGAAUUCAAACACUGUUGCCGGCUCAGUAGCUAGACAUAGAAGAAGCGUUCUACUUAAGAAUCUUAUGUUGGAUAGAAGGUUUAAUCGCCAUUUCGAAAGGAGCACCGGGCAAUACAAAAAAUGCAUUAUGGCACUGCCCAUCAAAGGUGGCAGGACUGUCUAUGGAGUGCUGGAACUAGAAAACAAAGAUGCUCCAUUCCCAAACUACAAUUUUACCCCCGCUGAUGAAGAGUUUACCAGGAACAUUUGGCAAUACUGCUCUUUAGCGUUGAGUUUCGACUAUGUUCGUUUAAAGUACCCAACUACUUUGUACAACCUUAAAAACGACAAACUUGUGGUACUGAAACAAAUAAAACCUUGUCCACAUGAUAUGGAGAUAGUUUUUGAUGACGACACCACCCAGCCACCAAGCGGAUUCCACUUGUUUUCAUGGUACAUUGGAGUUAACAGUAAAUCCAAUAUGCCUCUGUACGCAUUUUACAUGUUGAAAGAGGUUAUAGGUAUUGAAAACAUCGAUCCAGAAUUGUGUAAGGAGUUUGUUUUGACAUGCAGAAAGAUGUACAGGAACAACCCAUAUCACAACUUCGAACACGCCUUUAAUGUGUGUCAUUGCCUUUACAGCAUCGUGACGAGAAAUAAAGAUGCCUUUACAACCCUUGAAGCUAACGCAUUGCUGGUGGCUGCUUUAUGCCACGAUUUGGAUCAUUUAGGGGUAACGAAUAGUUUUCUCAUGAUAAGUGAUCAUAACAUUUAUACCCUAUAUGGAGAGUCGUGCCUGGAAAAUUACCACAACAUGAUGGGAAAUUUAAUUUGGGAAAAUUGCAAUUUUCUUAUAAACCAAACGGAAGAAGAGUAUAGGCUAUUUAUCAAAGAAAUUAAAUACGAUAUAAUAGCCACUGACCUAUCAAAUUAUUUUAAACAAAGAUUAAAGAUUAAUGUUUACAUGAACACCCAUUCGAAGUUUGACUUUAUGCUUCAAGAGCAUAAAGAAUUCACAAGAUCCAUGAUAAUGACUUGCGGAGAUUUAUCAGGUUCCUGUAAAUCAUUUCCAGUGGUUAUGACCAUGGUUACAAAUCUAUAUAAAGAAUUUUACAGGCAGGGAGAUAUGGAAAGGGACAUGGGUUACACUCCGUUACCGAUUAUGGACAAAAACAAAAUACAGUCCGUUCCAUUGGAACAAAUACAAUUCCUUAACGUUUUGGUGUUACCUUGUACUAAUAUUGUGAGGUUUAUAUUCCCGAAUUGUUCCGACAUUCACAUGCUGGCCACCAGGGUGAGGGAUACUUGGGAACAAGCUGCCAAGGUGGCUAAUACCGAUGCAAAAUGGCAGGACUUUGUACCCAAAAAGAAAAGCGUGCUUUGUACUUUACAUACUAUAUUGGGAACAGAAUGCAAAUAUGCAAUAUAA